AUGUAUGUGAAAUGGUUUGAUACAUUAAUGUUUUACUAUGUGAUUUUAGUGAAUGUCACUUUUUGUCAUUUUCAAAUUUCCCGCCGUUCCGUCCCCCCGUACGUCCCGACGCUCGCAGGGGACAGAACCCAGAUGACAGAUGCUGGCAUCCGCCGGAUUACAUUGCUGGGGACAUUGCAGGAGGGACAUCGCGGGAGCGCAGGACAAGGUAAGUGAUUGAGGGAUCGUGGAGCAGCCUGAGUGUAGCUCGGGGUUACCGCUUGUGCUACACUCGGGAAUACCGCCAGGGAGGUUA